GUGACUGAUAUUCGAAAUUGCAGAUGCGAUAAAAGUCAAGGUUGUUGCCGAAAUGGUUGCUGCCCGAAGGACAAGUUCUGGAUGACGGGAGUUUUCAUACUUCUCGGUUUCGCUCUAAUUACGUUUGUUGUUGGAGCUUGUCUAAUGAUUACUUGUUACUGGCGGACAAAAUCAAAGCAGCGAAAUGAGGAAAAGGGAUUUUAUGAAUGCAACUCUCACGAAUCUCAGAUCGGUAUGUAUCCUGGAGGAGGAAUCGGACCAUAUUUUGGAGUAACUAAUCCACGCUAUUGA